UGGGCCUCUGGUUCACUAGUGAGCCAGCCUGGGGCCACUGGCGGGGAACAAGGGCAAGUGGAGCUUUAUUCGCUUUUUCCCUUCUCUUUUGGAUCGGAACUUUUGCGUCCUGUUUUUAUGCUUUUAGUGGUUACCUUCGCAUUGUUGGCACUCGUAUUUGACCUAACGAUAACAGAACUUCAGCAGCUAGUCAUUCGUGUACCGACAAUGAUGGAGUUUCCCUACCGUGUGCCAGGCACUUGUCCGGGUGCUGGGGAGACAGCCGGAACCAAAAUUUCCGCCCCGAGUACCUACCCACCUGGGUUAUUUCUACUCUAACCAUGCCUUUAAGAGCUCCCAUUUUGCUUUGUAUUUUCAUUUCGGCCUGUUUUCAAAAGCUCCCAAAUUAGCUGUUUGUAUAAGAUUUAUUGUUGCUGUUUGACUUUUUUUAAAUUAAAAAAAAAUUUUUUUUUUUUUUUUUUUUUUUUGCAGUUGUUAUUUAGAUUUAGCCGUAUAGUUACCAGUUUCUUUUCUAACAGUUAGUUGCUUCUUGCGCCCUGCCCCUUAGUUUUGGAUUUGGGUUCCUUCAUGAAAUGUGUCUUUAAGUGGAUCUUUCAGUCAGGGACUAUUAGUAAACGUUCAGGUUUUGUUUGCUUCAAAGUAGAUCGUGCCCUCUCUUGAAUGAUAAUGUAGAACUUUAGCACAAGAGUUCUUUUCCUCAGCACUUUACAGAGAGCGUUUCAUGCUUUUCUGGCCUCUGUUUUCUGUUUUCUUCAAAAGAAGAGGCUGCUGUUUAUCUAGUUGGUACUUCUUUAAAUUUUUUUAAUGUUUAUUUUUGAGAGAGAGAGAGCGAGAGAGAGACCAAAUGCAAGCAGGGGAGGGGCAGAGGGAGAGAGGGAGACACAGAAUCCGAAACAGGCUCCAGGCUCUGAGCUGUCAGCACAGAGCCGGACGUAGGACCCGAACUCUGGAACGGCGAGAUCAUGGAUCAUGAUCCUAGCCGAAGUUGGACGCUUAACAGACUGAGCCACGCAGGUGCCCCUAAUUGUUACUUCUUUAUAGAAAAAUUUGCUUUUCCUGUUUUUCUCUGUAUCUUGGUGUUUGACAUUUUUCAUUGUGAUGUGCCUUGUGCAGACUUUUUUCUGAUUUACUCUUAGAAUUUGAUACGCCCUUUCAUUCUGAGGACUCGUAUGUUUCUUUAACUCUAGAAAAUGUUCAGUCAUAUCUUUAAAUACUGUGUAGACCCAACCCACUGUAAAUUGGAUGCUUUUGACUCAAGUAACGGAAGCCUCAAUGAAAAUAGAUCUCAAGGUCAUUUUAAGAAAUAUGUUAUUUCACAUUAAGUAGAUUAAGAUAUAUCAUUAAAAUGUGUAUGUCACAUAACAAGAGGCCAGGAUGCAGUGACUUGAGCAUCUGUUAAUCCGGCAGCCCAAGGAUCCAGCUCUCUGCUGACUUAGCAUCUGAGGAUGCCAAGAUGGCUGCCUUUGCUCUGUCUGUGCUUUCUUUGCCAUUAGGGCCAUUAGGAAAAGAGUUUUCUUCCCAAUGUCUUUGUGAGAUCAAAGCAGCUUUUCCUAGAUAUCCCCUUCUCCACCCUGUUUAUCCCCAGACAUCUCUUUCCGACUUCUUUGCCAGAAUUGCAAGGAGAAGGGACACAGUGAUUACUUUAGACUUACCGGGAUCUAGCUCCCCAAACUGGGGAUGGGAUCAACCUUCUGAGUCACUGGGAGAAGGACUGGACACCAAAACGAAGUAAGAGGUCUGCCAGUGAGGAGAAAAACCAGAGUGGUUGUUGGUCGUCCGGCAUGCUCUGCCCACCGCACGCUGAGGUGCCCUGACCAUGAGCCUCAACUCCUCCCUCGGCCACGGGAAGGAGCUGAGUAACCUCACAGAGGAGGAGGGUGGCGAAGAGGGGGUCGUCGUCACCAGCUUCGUCGCCAUCAUCAUCAUCACCGUGUUCGUCUGCCUGGGCAACCUGGUCAUCGUGGUCACCUUGUACAAGAAGUCCUACCUCCUCACCCUCAGCAACAAGUUCGUCUUCAGCCUGACCCUGUCCAACUUCCUGCUGUCCGUGCUGGUGCUGCCUUUCGUGGCCACCAGCUCCAUCCGGAGGGAAUGGAUCUUCGGCGUGGUCUGGUGCAACUUCUCCGCCCUUCUGUACCUGCUGAUCAGCUCGGCCAGCAUGCUCACGCUGGGGGUCAUAGCUGUCGACCGCUACUAUGCUGUCCUGUACCCCAUGGUGUACCCCAUGAAGAUCACGGGGAACCGCGCCGUGAUGGCGCUUGUCUACAUAUGGCUUCACUCCCUCAUCGGCUGCCUGCCGCCUCUCUUUGGUUGGUCGUCGGUGGAGUUUGACGAGUUCAAGUGGAUGUGUGUGGCUGCGUGGCACCGGGAGCCCGGCUAUACCGCCUUCUGGCAGAUCUGGUGUGCCCUCUUCCCCUUUCUGGUCAUGCUGGUGUGCUAUGGCUUUAUCUUCCGCGUGGCCAGGGUCAAGGCGCGCAAGGUGCACUGUGGCACCGUGGUCAUCGUGGAGGAGGACCCCCAGAGGGAUGGGAGGAAGAACUCCAGCACCUCCACCUCCUCGUCCGGCAGUAGGAGGAACGCCUUUCAGGGCGUGGUCUAUUCGGCCAACCAGUGCAAAGCCCUCAUCACUAUUCUGGUGGUCGUCGGUGCCUUCAUGGUCACCUGGGGCCCCUACAUGGUUGUCAUCACCUCUGAGGCCCUCUGGGGGAAGAACUACGUCUCCCCGACCAUGGAGACCUGGGCCACGUGGCUGUCCUUUACCAGCGCCAUCUGCCACCCCCUGAUCUAUGGGCUCUGGAACAAGACGGUUCGCAAGGAGCUGCUGGGCAUGUGCUUUGGGGAUCGGUAUUACCGGGAGCCGUUCGUGCAGCGGCAGAGGACUUCCAGGCUCUUCAGCAUUUCCAACAGGAUCACAGACCUGGGCCUGUCCCCACACCUCACGGCGCUCAUGGCAGGCGGACAGCCCCUGGGGAACAGCAGCAGCACCGGGGACACUGGCUUCAGCUGCUCCCAGGACUCAGGGACAGAUGUGAUGCUGCUCGAGGACUACACGUCGGGUGACAACCCUCCCUCCCACUGUACUUGCCCCCAGAGGAGGAGCUCGGUGACAUUUGAGGAUGAAGUGGAACAAAUGAAAGAUGCUGCCAGGAACCCUAUUUUGCACGUGAAAGCCGAAGUGCACGAGUCCCUGGACAGUUACGCAGCCAGCUUGGCCAGAGUCAUUGAGGCCGAAGCCAAAAUCAACCUGUUCGGGGAGGAGGCUUUGCCAGGGGUCCUGGCGGCCGCGCGGACCGUCCCGGGGGCCGGCUUCGGGGGCCGCCGAGGCAGCAGGACUCCGGCGAGUCAGAGGCUGCAGCUGCAGAGCAUCGAAGAAGGGAACGUUUUGGCUGCGGAACAGAGAUGAGAGCCCGGGGUGGACCGUCUGUCCCGCGGGGUCGCCCGGGGACAGAACACCUGAGGUGCGGCCAGCAGGAAACACCGGUGUGUCUCGUGAGGCCGCUCGUGGGCUCCUUGGAGGUCCUGGCGAUGGGACCAGCGGCGUCCGAGGCACGAAGGAAAGCGGACGGAGGUGUGGCCAGGACUUUCCGGGAGGUGGGGCGUAGAAGGGACUAGAGACCAGGGCUGGGAAGGAAACCACCAGGUGGCUGACUCCCUCUUCCUGACCCGGGCGCCCGGCAGGGAUCUCAGGCGGUAAGCCCUUCCCAGCGUGCUUCGGGGGACAGCACGUCCUAACCACGCGAGACCAGCCCCCGGCGUCUGCGUGGUUGAUGCGGCCCCCGUGGGACUGGGGUUCUGCACUGAAUGGUCCCCAGAGGAGACCCUGGAGCAGGGCCGGUCAGAUGGGAGUUCCCACACUUCCAUCCCGGUCGUGACCUUGCAGUCCGCAUGGAGCCACCUGCUGGUGCCAGUAGGGACGAUCCACAGGCCCCCCCCCACCUCCGCCCCAGGGCGGAAGCAGCAGGCCUGAGGCUGCUGUUGCUGAGAAUUGGGGCCGUUCUGUCCGCCUCUAUUGACUGAUUUUUUCAAAAGAAGGGAAAAACCACUGUCAAAGCCACAAGGAAGGAGCAGGUGCCAGAUGUUUCAUUUCCAGAAUUUAAAACAAAAAUGCGUUUCGUUAGGACAGGCCAUGCUCCUCCCAAGCAGGAGUGGGGCUGUGGUGCCCAGCACGGCAGGGACACAGAGACACCGUAGUCACACAGGACAGCCUCCUCUGACAGGCUGUGGUGGCCCCGCGACCAGUCAGAAUUGCAGCUUCCAGCUGCACAGGGACAGUUCCCUCCCCCCCUGCCCCCCCCCCCCAUGCAACGGCUGCUGGUCCCCUGGCCCCGGGGCGUGAGGCAGGAUGGAGUGCAGACGUCCGCUGCAUCUGUGCUCCUGGCCCAGCUCUGCCGCUGCUACCGUCUGGGAUUUCCUGUCACCCCUCCAAGCCGUCCAUCCGGAAAGUGGGAAAAGGGGGCCAGAAGUGGGAUUUGAAUGGUCUCCAAGGUCAUUUCCAGCUGUGAUCUUUGACGUUCUCUAUCUGUAGGUUAGAGAUGGGGGCGGUGGAGGGGGGGAUGUGGACCCUCCCAUGGGCGCAGGCACAUCUUUCCAGAUGGUUUCCGAUGGGUGCAUGAAGCCCUGCGGGGCGGGCGCGGUGUGUGGGCUCAUCAGACCUGUUUCGAGCAGGGUCCUGAGAGACCACCCAGGUGUAGACGCAGAGGAAGAGGUGGAAGGGGAGCGUCGGGAACGUGAUUCGUCUGGUUAGAGCGCGCCCGCCUCCCCCUUCGAUCUGGGACAUUCGUUGACGUGUGGGCUUGCAGUAGUGCUGUGGUGACUUGGGAAGCUGUCGAACCGCCUGGGUCAUCAGCCGAGCGCCAGACUUUCCCCGCUCUGGCAAUUCUAGGCGGGCCGCAGGGGGCAGAUUCGCGGAGAUCCAGCCGCCCCAGGAAGCACACUCCGUUGUGGUGUUUUCUUCGGGACCUAGCCAGCUCCUGGUGACGCGUCGUCCUUUGGCUGCGCGGUCCCCGGCGCGCAGGUUCCUAAAGCCCUCUCCCGAGGUGAGGGCUCGCUGCCUUCCUGGUGGCCAAGCCCAUCGGCAGUGCUCCGGGUCAGCAGGGUGCCGGGCACGGUCUAGGUUCUGGAUGGGGUGGGAAGGAGCAGGUGGCUUUUCCAGAGGAGCGGAGGGCACAUACUGGCCUGUGGGAUCUGCCCAGACGUGCAGGUCACACGGACUCUGCUCCCGCUACUGGGCGUCAUUCCUGAAUCUUAGGGCCUCUUACGUUUUCUGUGUGUCUUUUUCCCCACGCUUGUCUAGUAAGGGGACUGUGUUCCCGAGAAACCAGUGUGCACAGAGAUGACCUAUAAUCUCUAGGCCGGAAUAACCUGGGAUGGCUUGCCCACGAGGCCGUUUUGAGAGCAGCAUGCCGGCUUGGAACCCAGGGGUUGAAGAGCUCUUCCCCUGGGCUGCGCUCGGCUGGGCUCUAAGGGAAGAGUCUUGGGACCCCAAGUCCCCGCUGGCGGAUCCCAGACUGGCUGCGAUUUGCUAGGGUUUCACCUGCACCUGGCUUUACAGGGUCUGUUUCCCUUUUUUCUGUUGACGCUCCUAGGCACCGCGUACCUACUGUGUGCAAAGCACCAGGCUAGCUUCUGGGCGGUGCCUUUAAAGUGUCUUCCUUCACUCAUUAUAAUACAGAGAGAGACUCGGGUGAUACCGAAGAUAAUGGCAAAGUCAAGUACUUAUUCGUUCACCGGAGGGAGGUGGAUAUUUCCGGGUAGGGCAGCUGGGGAUAGCUCCGUGAGGUAGGUGACGACCUCAGAGGAUGCGUGGCAGCUAGAACCGUAUUUUGCACAUUCGGGGAUCCAGAGAUCUGGAUCCAGCCUGAGUGAGAGCAAGAGCCGGUGAGGAAAGAGGUGGGCGAGGAGAGGAAAAGUCCACAGUUUGCACACAUUCUGGAGUUUCCGAGAGGCAUUUUGGAGGACACCGGUUCUCGGUGCAGAAGGUCAAAACCCCAGCUGCCCCCACUCCCCCCCGGGCCUGUCGGCGUCAUACUGCUGUGUGGUGGCAGCUUGAGACCUUCCUGGGGGACCAUAGGGACAGUGGCAGGGUGGACAUUUGGGCACAUAGUUGCUUAAAAACCUCACUCCCAUGUCUUCCCGUUUAAGGCUGUUGUCCAUCUCUGCCGCUUUCAUCGAGAUUGUCAUUUGGGUCCCUGCACUGUGCUGGGGACGCCAGGUCUGGGGGCUCUGGUGGCGCACGCUACAGGGCACACCUAGGCCGCUCCCCCGGCCAGAGGCACGGAGCUCAGGCGCUUGGGGCCCUGGCCACUAGGUGGCAGCAGCGUGGCUGUGAUGCCGCCCGCAGUUCUAGAAAACCCGAAGGGCAAAGCUGAAGGCUCGUUUGCUUCCAGCAGAGCCGGUGCUCAGAACGCUUCGUCCCCUGCUGCCCUCGGCCUUCAAGGCCCCCUGCUUCCCCGGUAGACCCUCCCGGGGCGGAUCCUGCUUCUGCUCCGCUGUGUAUGUUACCCGACGUUACCCGGUCGUGCAGGGGAGGUGGGCUCGCGGCUGUAAGACCAGGGCCCCCCGCGCUUGUUCUCCGUCCUCAUGCCCGGGGCUGCCAAGUAGUCUGCAUGGACCUGAGCCACCCGCGAGACGGACUCUGCAUUCGUAUCGGCCAUGGCCUUCGGGUGGGGCCGAAGAGGGAGGAGACAUGCUUUGAUACGGGGAGAUCUUGUAAGUCAGCUCGCACUUCACCCGUGAGCACGUGUCCAUCCUGACCGCGUGGCCCUGAGAUGCUUGCGCCUUCGAGAUCCGUCUCCGGAUGGACCGCAGGGCGUGCUCGUGAUGGUGGUCGGCCUUGAGCCCGGCUGCCUCCCGUCCGAGGCCCCGGGAGGGGGACGUGGCUGCCGAAGGGUGAGGCGGGUCACCGGCGCGUAGCCGGUGGGUGACACGCGUGGGCGUGCCCCGUCGCCCGUCGAGCUGCUGCGCUGGCGCUGCGGAGGCACCCGGCUGAGGCUCUGGUGUGUGCCGGGUCCUGGGGGCCGAGCCCCCGCUGCCGCUCGCGAGCGGGCGUUCUUAGGCCCUUCGGUCUUUCCACGUCGCAGUUGUGAUAUUUCUCUGGGGGGACGCGGAUUCCAGGUGGGUCCCCUCCCAGGUGAUGGUGUGGAUUGAAACGCCCUGCACAGGACCGGGCGUGGCUGGUGCCGAGCCCUACGGUGACGUCCCAGUGACCGUGGGUGGGUGCGUUAGGCCGGUUUUACAGGGGCUUCUCCGGGACAGGAAGUGAGAAUCUUGGCAACUGUGAUCCUAGGCAGGAGGUGCUGGGGGCUGCUGCUGUGGGACUCAUGUUGCGUACAUAGCACAGGAGGGUCUUCUGGGAAGAGACACAGGGUGAGGAAGGGGAAGGCAAUGGACAGGAGGGAGGAGAGAGGCAGGUAACAUCUGGAACUCGAGUCUGAAAGGAGCAAAGUGAGCUUUUCUGUUGUAGAGUCCCGAACCACAGCACAAGCUCAGCCUUGACCUCCCUUACAGCUUGAGUCGUGACCUGGGCGCUAAGGACAGCUCUGUCUUGCAGUGACAGUGACUGCUUGGCCAUGGGUCUUGGGCUCACAGGAUCUUUGGUCCUCUAAGUCCCUGAUGGGAGAGGUGGCCCAGGGACAGGAGUCUGUGCUACUAUGCACAGUGGAUCCAGGACCCCAGGGGAAUCCCGUGGGAGACAGAAGGGACCUCCCACCCUGAAGUAAAGGACAGUGGCUGUCGUAUGUGACUACAAGAGGGGACAGAGUCUGACCCCCUCCUUCUGGGUUGGGGAGAGGGAACACAGAAUCCAGGGAGCCCUAGGGAAGCCUAGGAAUUGUCUGAGGUCCCAGAGUGCAUUAAGCCAGAGUCUGGGUCAAACGCCAGGUUUUGGCCAUGUUGCUGAGCGAAGGAGCCAGCUUUGCAGCUGGAGGAGGUUGGGGGGGGGGGCGUGAGGUGAGGUGGGGGGAGAAAGUAAAAGUCCUCGUUAUCAGACUAGGCCAGCUGCCCUUAGAAGGUAGAAACCAUUGUAAACCGAGGAGCUUGGGAGCCUGGAAUACCGGCUCGCCAGACCUAAAAAAAACCUGCGACCCAAGGAAAGUGGGUUCAUUCGAGAGAUUUCAAAGCACAAACUCAAGUCUGCAUAAGGUUACCAAGAGCACAGUUUUGCUUAAUGAUAUUUCUAGAACAUAAUACGCAAAGCUGCGUUCAUUUCCCUCAGGAUUUUCCUGAAUAGUAUUAAUAGCUUAGGAAUUGGAAGACAUUUCUGUUUUUCCUUUUCACAUCACCAUUCUGAAAUAUCCCAAGUCCCGGGCAAGUGGCCACUCCCGAUGAAGACAGCCCCGCGGAGGAUGGGCAGCCUGGGCCUGCAUGGCCACAGAGUGUGGUGGAAAGAGCGGGUUUGCCUGGAAACAGGUCUGUCCCUCUGUGAUGUGUGUUCUAGGAGGCGGAGCUGCGCCGUGUUCUGAUAACGGACCCCCGGAUGCAAAACUUGUUAAAAACCUUCAGAGCAAAACAAAAACAAAGCUAGUCCUGAAAUAAAUUGCACUUGAAGUUUUGGGAUGUUUUUUUUUUUAAGGUAAGAAAAACGUUUAGGGUUCUUAUAAAUUACAAUAUUUAUAAACAAGUAGAAGUAGAUUUAGAGUAGCUUUGUUUACCCAGUUGGUUAAAUAUCCGUUUCGGUACGUGUCUGUGGAGACCGUGGAUCUGUACUUGGACUUCUGGGGCCGGGGACUUUGAGAGCCUCCACCGUUACCUACUGUGUGCAGCCACACCCCUGUCCGCAGCCUCCCUCCCCGGGGGCUCACGAGAGGAAGGAGACCGCACAGGAAGGGGCCGACUGCUGUAGGAUUAGGAGGCGUCGACACCCCACAGUCACCUUGCUGCAUCCAUCCGUGUGCUUUUCAUAAAUUCUUCAAGACGUCGUCUCUACACCCGACUUGGGGCUCAGACUCAAAAAUCCCAAGAUCAAGAGUCACGUGCUCUACUGACCGAGCCGGCCGGAAGCCCCAGUGCAGGGUUCUUAAAGGAGGUUUGACGAACGGCCAUGUGCCAUCUCUAAGCCUGUCCCGUAACCAGAGUCAGAGGGCGGCUGGCAGGUUGCCACUGAGACUCAGCAACCCCCAGGCACGGGACCUCCCACCUUCGCCCAGCUCCCUCACCUGCCACCACCACAGCCUUAAUCCUGUGUCGGAGCAGCACGUGGGCCCUGCGGUCCGGGUCCCCGACAUGCAGUGAGUCAUGGAAGUGACCACGGAGGUGUUCCUGUGCCUCCGUAGAAUGUUUUCUCUUUGCUGCCUCCUUGACUGCUGGUCUGGCCCACCUGCUCCUUUGUAACAUAAGGUACCAGAUGCUGCAGAAUUUAACAGGGUGGGGGGAUAACUCCUUUGACAAGUACUGUUACAUUUAAAAAGUUUGAAGAUUCCUAGCAAAAGUGAACAGGAAGUUCAGAGUUCCCAUAUGCCCCAUGCCCACCCCCCAGGCUCCCCUCCUACCGACAGCCUGUGCCAGAGUGGACAAUUGCGAUUUUAUUUUCAUUUUUUAAAAUUUUAGAGAGAGAGGGAGAGGGAAAGAGAGAGGAUCUUACACAGGUUCCACACUCGGUUCGGAGCCCAACGAGGGGCUCAAUCCCAUGACCCUGGAUCAUGACCUGAGCUGAAGUCAAGGGUUGGUUGCUCAACUGACUGAGACACCCAGGCAGCCCUUGAUUUUCUUCUAUGCUCUUCUAGCCAAAGAGCUUCCUUGACCUCCCCCUCGAGCCUUCUAGUAGCCUCUGCCCCAUGAGCCUUGCAGCACCUCUCUAGAGCAUAUCCGGCACGGUUUCGUUACAGUGCAAGGAACGACGUCGGUUUUUGUACUUGUGGUAGUCACUUCAGUUGUUCUGUCAAGCCCUUCAACCUCCGUGGUUUCAUGUGGUCCCCACACAGCCCCUGGGACAUAGGUGGUGCAACAGGAAUACGUCCAUCUUAUGGAGGAGGAGGCCAGCCCAGAGAAGUCAGAUGGCUUAAACAUGUCACAUAACUAAUUGGGAAUCAGAAGCGAAGACCUUUGUACUUCCCAGAAAUCAUGCAAUUGUCCUGUUCGGCUACAGCUCGAAUUCCUUUUCCCUUUACCAUUCGCCACAUCUCCUGACGUGAGAACGUGUCUGUCCCGUCCAGGGCAAGAGCUAGAUGUUGAAGUCUACCUGAAGUUGCUGAGCCAGCAGAAGAGUUACUUUUCUUCCGUCCAAAAAGCCAGUCUGCCUUCUCUUGGUCGGUGUCCCUGGGCUUCCCGCCAUCUUCUGCCGCCAGGCAAAGGGGCGAUGCCUGGUCGCCGCGAGGGAGAGGGUGCUUCACCCGCUACACCCGUGAGUCCAUUCAUGGCCCAGCCGGAGGAAGCGGCGUGAAGGGGAGAGGAGGGAGGAUGACAGCAGGGUGGCCUCUGCAGGGGUGGUUUCGGCUCAGAAGGUGCAGGCCUGGGUGGAGACGGCCUAAGGGGGGGGUGGAGUUGGACACCAGAGUUGAGGGGGACCCAGAAUUAUAAGACUGGACGGUCGACAGCUCGUGGCUGAAACCGAGAAGUUGGAGAGAGGAAGCCGGGGGGCCAGCGCUUUCGGGACGAGCUUGCGCUGGUCCGUCACGUGAGCUACCCGUGAUGCUCUGGGCCUGUUGCCGGCAGCCUAACUCCUGUACUUGGGUGAAGAGGGAUCACGAACCAUGAAAGAUGGAGAUUAGAGGUGAAGGUAACGUGCUCUGGAAGGAGAAAUGAGAAAAGCUCCUCUAUGUGAUUCUAGCACACAGAAGUCACAACAGAAAAGGUUAUCAGAUCUAGAAAAGAAUAGAGAAAGAGCCUUAUGUUAUAGAGAAGACUGGAGAAUGUGGGUCGGGGUAGUAAGGCAUUCAAUGAAAAGUCAAAUUCAGGACAUCUUAAAACAACCAACUUCUUUUAUUAGAAAGCAACAAACAUGCAAAUGGCAAGUGUAGAAAUUUAUCUGAACCAACAUUUUCACUAUAAUGAAAAUUACUCUCCACGUUGACCCAAGCUCUCCUAUCCGCAGGUUAGGGAAAAUAUUGCACUUAGCAUUUUCUAGCACUCCUCAUACAUGGCAAAAAGUUUUAAAAACAUUUUGCUAGUUUUGUUUUACACGCUCUCCCAAAUUCAUGCACACAGUCAUUCCAAACCAAUGUCAGGUUAUCCCCAAAAAAGGGAGAAACUCCAAAACACCAUAACCUUAGAAUUGCACUAAAGCUCUGUAAAGAGAAAAUAUAAUCAAUGUCUUAUACAAAUUUCAGACCAUCUAAGUGCUUGCCAAUAAGAGCUGGUUAUUCCUCAUCCUCAUUUUCAUUCUCCUGACCAGAACCUUCUGAUCGGUCACCCUCCAGCCGGUCUGGAAAACACACAGAGGAGACGCACAAAAAGAAACACUUUUAGAAUUACGAUUAAGAUAAUUUUCAGUAUCUUCUAUUUGAAACCGAUGAAAAUGUAUACAUAUGAACAUAUCAUCGUGUAAACAUCCGUUCACCUCCGUGUGUAGGGAAGCUAUUUUUUGCCGCUAGAAGCAAAUAAGAGUCCGGGAAACAGCACUAUGCCUUUGAAUAUGCAUGUAAUUCUAACCGUAAUACAAAUUAAAAAGAAAACCCUAAGGAUCCGGAUAUAUCCCGGUCUACUGCAGAGUUUUUCAGAGCGUGUUCCUUGGAGUCCAGGAGCCUAAGGAGGUGUCUCGUGACACCAGUAGACCGAGGGGGGCUGUGGGGGAACCCGGGGAACAUUCCUAAGGAUCUGUGUAUUCUGUUGAUAAAAAACAUUUUUUCAGUUAAAUAUCUGCUAUGUUCCAGGCGUCAUGCUAAGGAUACAAUGGUGACCAAAACAGACCCGCGGUCUCUGCCCUCGAGGGAAUACGGGAUGGUGAACUGGCGCGUGACACGGCCCGCUGUCCCCGACCGUCACGGUUUGCGCGUCUUGCUCCUCUGCUUGGGACCCUCGCCCCGUCCUGCAGCCGUAAAGCUUCUGCGCACCCACUCAGUGCGACCGUUAUCCCGUGUGAAACGUUUCUGGGACUUUUCCAAACCCCCACUUGCAGAAUGAGGAACUCCUUCCUCUACAUUCCAGACUAUCCCGUGUGUCCCGUAUAAAGAUGACCUAACUGCGGAGACAGGUCGUGUGUGUCUUCUUACAGACUAGACUUGAAGGGCUCUGAGCUCCUGGGAGGGUAGGAACUUUUUCUUUUUUCUUCUGUCCUCACAGCCUGGUACAGCAAUCCGUGCAUAUAGGUUUUACUAGGAUACGUUACGUGAGGUUAUGUGAAGAAGGCCACUUUAAAAGCCCCUGUCACCGCUAGCAUGGAGCCCAUUCUGUCACAGGAACACUCCCCCCAGGGCAGCUUGGAAAACACGGAGAUCAGACGUGGGGGAGAGGUUCAGUCCCGGCUGUCAACAGCCAGAAGACUGAAGCCUGAGCUUUUACUUAGGCGCUCCAGAGGCGUAAACUCUCCCACUGGGUCGCUGGGUCCUAGGUCAACACCACCAAGAGCAGUGUACAGAGGGACUGUGUGUUUUCUGUCCAAGUGAAUGAGACUAAAUCCCCUCUAUGCUGACUCCAUUUUGAAAUCAAACUAAUGAGAUGAUGUAUAUGAUCUAUAAUCUGAACUACACAAGUUUUAGCUAUUAUUAUUAUAUAGGACGUGUUCCAUACACAUUUGCAAAAUAAAUGAACCAAAAUAAGGUUUGGAUUGACCUUCAUGUAUCAACCACUAAGGAAUCCAAGCACAGUGGAAGAAUUUCUGGUCAGUACUAACGAAUGUUAGUAUAAAAGAGAUUAUAAUCUUUAUAUUGUGAUACACUUUCACAAGGGAGCGAAACACGAAGUCGCUAUCUGCCUCGGUAGAUUGCCGUGAGUGGGAAUCCUGGACACGGCUGACUAUAUUCAACAAACCUAUUCCUGUCUCACUGGAAGCACGAGGAAGGAGUGUCCGCCUGUUUCGAAGUGCACUGGUUCUUACCCACAUUCCUUUCGCUCGUCACACUAUGCGUGAAGAUGGGGAAACGGAGGGUCAACAAGAAUUGUCACAGUCUUUAACUCAGGGAGUUUACGGUAGACAACAGACUUCUGCAGAGUCCAGAGCAAGCCGCAGAGUCAAGCGAGGGCCAAGAGUGUCUAGCAUAGGCCAGCGAAUGACUGACCGUGGCUCCCGGAGUGAGAAGAGGGCAGAACGGUGGUUCUUUUUUCAAGUCCAUCACAGUCACUGCAGAGUCCUCUCUCAGAACAUAAGCCCAAUUUCUAAGAAUAAAGGAAACCUGUUCGUGAAGUCCCACCUCUCCGAGGCAGGGAAACCGCACGGCGGCUCAAUGUUUACAUCGACCUCUGGUUGGCAGUUACAGACCGGGGAGUCCUGACAAACCCUGUUCCUUGAAAUGAAAACUGAAAAUAAGAAUCGCUUCUAAAUCCACUGUUUUUAAACGCAGACAAUACUGUGAUAGGAAAAGGCAGGAUAAAAUGGCGGAGAGGGACAGGUUAGGUAGGACCCGGAGGCUCUGGGCGGGGAGGACCGAAUAUUUCGGAACAGCGCUGGGAGUGUCUGACUACAGCCAACCCCCGCAGGCACAAACAAGGUCCCUCUUAGGAAUGUAACAAACGCCAUCCACUCCCCCUCAGGGCCCCCUCAGGAAUUUGACAAUCAAAAUACCUAACUAGAAAAGCAAACCAUAAAACGUGUGUUACAGGAGGGACAGCAUGACUCCUCGUACAAUGGAACCGAGUCAACCAGGAACGGACGACCCAGCACCUAGAGCUGUCCAGCCAGUAAGGGUAGGACCUGAGAAGGAACAAGGGGGCGGGGAAGGGAGAGGCGACCAGAACCUUCCAGACAAAGGCCCUUGCCUACAGUCCCGGGCAUUCACUUUCAAAAGUGCCUGUCAAGAGAGCGUCAUGCUCUUCUCCCUUCCUGCCCUUAAACUCUGUAAACUCUGGCCUGCUGCUCCUUUUGUGUCGCCUCUAAGUUCUUCGAAGCGGCGAGACAAGGAACCCUGGGUACUGAGGUGAGAAACCCUGCAACGGUACCAAACUGUUUUUGUAAAUAAGGUUUACGUUUGUGGGAAGCCUUUUUUAUUCUUGUUAGGAAUAUUUCCUCAGGAAAUUAUUUUUGGUCGGGGAAAUAUGAAGAGAUAGAGAGGAAAACAAUUCCCCGAAGGAAACCUGUGUUCCACAAAAAUACUGUGCAGUUCUCCAGACCAUCCUUCACAAAAUUAUUUAUUUUUCUAAGAAAAAGAAUAAAUAUGUGACUUAUUGUUAGAGAUGUGACACUAGAAAUUCAUUCAUUUAUUCAACAGACAUUUGAUGAACAACGAAUACGUGCCAGGCGCUGUUCUAGGAGUUAAAUAUCCAUCUAUGAAUAAGACAAACUAGGUCUCUGCUCUCAAUGAGACCACUUCCUAAAGGGGAAAAAUCGAAAACAAGACAACCAACAUUUUCCCCCUUUAAUUUAUAAGAAGGCAGCAGAUACAGUAACGAAAAGUUGGGCUAAGUACUUGAGGAAAAUCGGCAAUGAACAGAGUGGGUGACUGAGAGGCAGGGCACGAGCGAGAAGGCACAUGAAGCAAUGUCACGUUGGGUGAAGUGUCUACCGAGACUUUUCUAAGGAGGUGACGCUGGAGCUGAGGGCUCAACUAUAUGUUCAGUUCAGGGCCAAAGUCCUUCAGGCAAAGGAAAGUGUCAGUGCAAAGGUCCUAAAUGUGCUAAUAAGCUUGAUCAGUCUGAGGAAAGAAGAGGCCGGCCGGCAUGCUGAAACGCAGUGCGCUACGGGAUAACUGGAAUGACUGGAAGUCAGAGGCUGGCAAGGUUUAGAUCAUGUAGGACCUGGCAGACCAGGUCUUUUUUUUUUAAUAAAAAUUUUUUAAAAUCUUUAUUUUUGAGAGAGCGAGUGAGCGCGAGAGAGAGCGCAAGUGGGGGAAGGGCAGAGAGAGAGGGAGACACAGAAUCCAAAGCAGGCUCCAGGCUCUGAGCUGUCAUCACAGAGCCCGAGGCAGGGCUCGAACUCACGAACCACGAGAUCAUGACCUGAGCUGCAACUGGACACUCAACCGACUGAGCCACCCAGGUGCCCCAGACCAGUCUUAUUUUACGAGCAAUGGGGAUCCCCCAAGAAUUUUAAGUGGGGUGACAGAGCCUAAUUUAUGUAAAAAAGGGGCCAAUAAACUGACUCGGGCAAAUCCAGCCCAAAGCCUAUUUUUGCAAAUAAACUUUUAUAAAACAGAGCCACGCCCAUUCAUCUACAGAUUAUGUGUGCCCACUUUUACACGACCACAUCUGAGAUGAGUAGCUACAGCAGACACCAAGUGACCCACAAAGUCUAAAGUAGUUACUAUUUUGCCAUUUCAAGAAAAAAUUUGCUGACCCACGUUUUAAAAAAGAUCCCUCUGGCCACCCUACGGAAAUCAGACUGUGUGAAGGCGGGGGUGGGAGCAGGGAGACCAAGAGUAGGUGAAUAUGGUUAUAUUCCGAAGUAAAGUUACAAUUGCUGACGCAGUGAACCUGUGCAUAUGACUUGGUAAGUGCCGUGAGCUCAGUCGAGGUCGGGCUCUAGCACCAACCACGGAGGGCACCAUGGCUACCUAGAGCUCCGUGGGCCAAGGCCCAGAGGUAAGGGAAGUAUGUCAAGUGGUGCUUCAGGGUUUCCUAAGUCAUGCUAACACAUCUGGACUCUGUCCUGAGAACAUGAGAGGCACAUUUUAAGGAGAGGAGUAAAUAACCAGAUACUGAGACAUUCUAGAAGAGGUUAAGAGUAGUCCAAACACACAAUUACCAUCUCUCCAAAGUCUAUCAAAACUCCCAGGGGUCUCAGAACUGCCUUUACGUCUCAAGAAGUGGCUGGCCUGCACUAGAAGUCUUUGUAGAGGCCGCUUUUAGGCAAACAGGCUCCAGCAAUGGACUGUUUAAGGGGCCCGCAGCGACCACCUGGCUGGAUACAGACAGGCCCACCAGGCGACCCACCUCAAAAUAGCCAGAGGCCCUAAGUGACCCAUGGGCUCCUUACAACCAGGCACAGCUACCAAUAAAGGGAAAAUUCCACGGCAGCCACACCUCCUCAUCUCCUCCUUUAAAAACAGCCUCCACCCACUGCCUCCUUGCAGACAGCUUCUCCUCUGCCUGCCUGCCCCCGCUCCCCAGCCGCAUGUUCAGUAAACCUCUAUCUCCUUUGUUCCGCCUCAGGUGAAUUCCCCCCCCCCCCCGCUUCUACCCGUUGCCCCACAUUUGGGGGCCCCCAUCUGAAGCAUACACCACAUUCAGACACCACAGUCUUUACUGCUGCACUCAUGGGAAUGAUUUUGCAUGCUGUUUUGAAAAUGCAGAAGCUCAAACCCUGUUCAGAUCAAAUGAGUAAGAAUCUUCAAGGGGUAGGACCCAAGUAUUUGUAGUUGACAAAGCCACACCGGGGAUCUGAGGGGCAGCCUUCGCUGAAGAUCACAGCUCCACCAGGAAGAGGCCGCCCAGUACCUGGUCCCUGGGCCUCCCAGGAAGCCUUGUGGAGUAAUGGAGGGGCUGGACUAUUCUGGAGCUAGCCUGGGCUUACUUGAUCGCCGUCCGUUACUAACUCUCCUUGAGUACCUGCACACGCUCAUGGUACUCCAAGAACUGGAGACAAGGAGCAAAGGAGAGGAAAGGGGGGAAUAACUGACUCAUCAAGUAACCUGAUGUCUUAAGGAUAAAAACAACUCUCGGGAACAUCUUUCUUUCCAGUCUUUUACAUAAGAGAAGCAAGAGGGUGAGCUGACUAAACCAAUUAGAAGGUGUUUUCGGUUGACGGCAAAAAGAACCGGAAGCAAAGGAAUCGUCACAGUAUGAGACAUCUUCUCUAACACUCAAAUCAAAGGAGGCCAGUAGUAGCUGUUGGCGAACAAACCACGUGAGCACCCUUACAAAACAGAUUCUGCACAGACCAGAGAAGAAUGUUUUCCACAGAAAAACUAAGAGCCCUUCGCCAGAUAAACUCUUCAGAACAAGCAAGUUUUAAGAAUCCUAAUUGGCAAAUGUUCUAGAAAAGCUGCCUUCUCAAGUCUGAAAUCUAGAUGAAUUUUAAGGGUUACUCACUGUUAUUGAUGAAAAUGGAUCAAAAAUCUUAGUCAUUAAUGUGAUAAUACAGGAGCCUAAAAGCUACUGCAAAAAUAUUUGGUUGGACUACUAACAUUUUCUGUUUACGUUCCAUGUUUAUUUUUUGUUUUGACCAUUUGAAAAUCUCAUUCUUUCCUGGUAGUAGUUAAUAUUUACAAUUUCAUGAUUUUCUCCCCAUCUCAUAUGAGUUUCUUUCAAUUCUUUAGAUGUGCUCCACACUCUUUCUCCUCCAGGACUUCGAAAAAUGCUACAUACCCUUUACUUUGCCUGGAAUAUUUGUCCCUACUCUCUCUGAGGAAGUGAUAUUUAAUCCACCGCUUACAAAGACCUGAAGGAUAAGCAAAAUGAUCCUAACGAAGAGUGAGGAUGGGAGGGGGACAGCAUGAUGAUAAAGAUCCUGAGGUGGAAAAGAGUUUGACAUGCCCCCAAAUUCAAAAAGGGCCGGAUGGAUGGAAUGGACACAGAAGGAGAAAAUACUGUGAAUGAGCCUGUAAAGAAGCUUGAGAUCAGAUCACCCGGGGGGCUGCGUGUCAUAUUUCUGAUCUGAACGUAUUCCUACAAGUGAACUUUCUAGGUCAAAGGGGAGUAAGGGCAUGGAACUCAGUUUCACACCUAGGCUUCACCAUUCAUCAGCUGUAUGAGCUGGGGGGAGCUAUUACGAAUAAAUAACCGACUUUCUAGAGGGUUGGAGGGUUGGAGCUCACUGGGAAACAUCUGUGAAAUGACUAGUAUGGUGCCUGACACAUUACAGGUACUCUAGAAACGAUGGCCGCUGUUAUUAUUAAAUAAUAGGUAAUACCCAACAUAUGAAGACAUUUAAUUUGUGAAAUCAGUGAAGAACAACAAACGCUGUCUUGUUUGAUAAAUGUACUUUGUUUACAAUGGACACUGGAUCUUUUCUACUGUUAUGAACACUGAUUAUAUUCACUUCCUUCUUGAAUAUUAAUUGUAAUAUAUACGAUUUUGUGUUUCUUUGGCAUUGAACCUCACGGUUUAUCAUCGAAAACAAAAAGUAUUUAAAAACCCA